AAUAAAAUCGCAGGCGAAGCGUCACAGUCACUCCCUUCCCUCACAGAAAAAAAGUGUCACCCCUCACCCAAACCCACACCUUAGGGUUCCUCAGUUCCUCUUCUUCUCCUUUUAACCCAACAACAAGCCCUCUGAAAAAAAAAAUUCCUCAUUCCCCAAAACACCCUUCGCGCACCGCAUGGCGAAAACGAGGCCAGGCAGAAAGGACUUGGACUCGUACACCAUAAGAGGAACCAACAAGGUCGUCCGAGCGUUUGGUUCUUUGGUGCUGCAGCCGGUGAUUGCGUUCUGAUGCGGCCAUCGGACACGUCGAAGCCCCCUUACGUGGCGCGCGUGGAGAAGAUCGAGCAGGACAACAGGAACAACGUGAAGGUGCGUGUGAGGUGGUACUACAGACCCGAAGAGUCCAUUGGGGGUCGCAGACAGUUCCAUGGUGCCAAAGAGCUUUUUCUCUCCGACCACUAUGAUGUGCAGAGUGCUCACACCAUAGAAGGAAAAUGCGUAGUACACUCUUUCAAGAACUACACCAAGCUGGAGAAUGUGGGUUCUGAGGAUUACUAUUGUAGAUUUGAGUACAAGGCUGCCACUGGGGCUUUCACUCCUGACCGUGUUGCUGUGUAUUGCAAGUGUGAGAUGCCAUAUAACCCGGAUGACCUCAUGGUACAAUGUGAAGGGUGCAAGGAUUGGUAUCAUCCUGCUUGUGUGGGCAUGACCAUCGAAGAAGCAAAGAAAUUAGAUCAUUUUGUGUGUUCAGAAUGUUCAUCUGAUGAUGAUAUGAAGAAACCGCAAGCUACAUUUUCUGCAUCACCAGGAGCCGAUGGCAAGGUGGAGCCCAAGCGGCGAAAGAGAUGACCAUAAUGCAGUAGUAACCUUGUUUGGAGGCGUGAGUGACUCUUGCUGAAUUUGGGUGGCACUCUAUGGUAGCUUUUGUGUGUUGUACAGCUUCAUCUAGAGGCUAUGAACAUUUCAUUAUGUAUCUGACUUAGCUUAUAUUAUGUAUCUAUUGGUCGUAGAUUUUAUAACUGUGACAUUCCCUCAAGUGAAUUCCGAUCCAAGUGUUUAUUAUUCUUCAGAUGAUGACAUCAAAACCUAAAAUACUAAGCACAGAGAAGCGGUUAGUUUUAAA